GAAGAGGAAAGAAGGAGCGAGAGAGUGAGAAAGACUGAAAGAGAGAGGAUAGGAGGGAGAGAGAUGAAGGUGUGGGCAGAAACAAGGCACGUUCCAUAGCAUCAGUCUGACUGCUGGUGCCUGGUCAUCUUGCUUUCUAGCUCCCUCGGCUAACAACUUACUGAACUGAUUUUCUUCUUACCAAAGGAUGUCAGCUCUGAGACCAGGCAAGAAAUAACAGACUUCACCUUGGAAUAGCUCGUCUCACUCCUGCAUUAGUGGAGCAGAUUUGGAAAAAGGAAACAAAAACCCAACCCUGUAUUAGCCCCUCUCACAUUCACUUUGAACAGAAGCAGUUUCAUGCACCAGGAAUCAACGCAGCAAUUAAUAAGAAGAAAAAACAGCAUCAAAUAUACAUUGUACAUUAUAAGGAAGAAAAUGAUCACUUGUGUUCUCCUCCUGUGAAAACGUGGACUCAGGCUACUACAUCUGGGAUUCUGUAAGCAUCUCAGGAUGUAAAUAUUGUCUGACCAUUCCCUGAUGGGCAGCUGAAUCAUGGACAGGCUAAACAAGUUACUCUGGACUGUCAUUGCAAAAGAUGCUGUGGUUUCUAUCUUGAAUGCCCCCUGAGCCCCUGAACCCAACAAAGAAAAGGACAACUGUGAACGGGAAAGCUAUCUUACAAUGAAAAUUACGAGCACAUCUUGCAUCUGUCCAGUCCUGGUGUGUCUCUGUUUUGUGCAGAGGUGUUACGGAACUGCUCACCACAGCUCCAUCAAGGUGACCAGAAAUCAAACCAAACACACAGAAGGUGAAACCGAAGUUCACCACCGUCCCAAGAGGGGAUGGGUAUGGAAUCAGUUCUUUGUUUUAGAAGAACAUAUGGGGCCAGAUCCGCAAUACGUUGGAAAACUACACUCCAAUUCGGACAAAGGUGAUGGAUCUGUCAAGUACAUCCUUACUGGAGAAGGUGCCGGGACCAUAUUUAUCAUUGACGACACCACGGGUGACAUCCACUCAACGAAAAGUCUGGACCGAGAGCAAAAGACACACUAUGUGCUUCAUGCUCAGGCUAUUGACAGACGGACCAAUAAGCCCCUUGAACCUGAGUCUGAAUUCAUCAUCAAAGUACAAGACAUCAAUGACAAUGCACCAAAAUUCACAGAUGGCCCAUACAUUGUCGCUGUGCCUGAAAUGUCAGAUAUGGGUACCUCUGUUCUGCAGGUAACAGCCACAGACGCAGAUGACCCCACCUAUGGGAACAGCGCCCGGGUCGUUUACAGUAUACUGCAGGGCCAACCUUACUUCUCUGUAGAUCCCAAGACAGGAGUCAUUCGAACGGCCUUACACAACAUGGACCGAGAAGCCAGAGAGCAUUAUUCAGUGGUCAUCCAAGCCAAAGACAUGGCAGGACAAGUUGGAGGGCUGUCCGGGUCCACGACGGUCAACAUCACCUUGACUGAUGUGAACGACAACCCUCCACGGUUUCCGCAGAAGCACUAUCAACUGUAUGUUCCUGAGUCAGCUCAAGUUGGUUCAGCUGUUGGGAAAAUCAAGGCAAAUGAUGCAGAUACUGGCUCAAACGCCGACAUGACGUACUCCAUCAUCGAUGGGGAUGGAGUUGGGAUCUUCUCCAUUUCCACAGACAAAGACACCCGGGAAGGAAUCCUUUCCUUAAAGAAGCCACUGAACUAUGAGAAAAAGAAGUCAUACACACUCAACAUCGAGGGAGCCAAUACCCACCUUGACUUCCGCUUUUCUCACUUGGGUCCAUUUAAAGAUGCAACUAUGUUGAAGAUCAUUGUUGGGGAUGUGGAUGAACCUCCACUGUUUUCGCUACCUUCCUAUGUCAUGGAUGUCUAUGAGAAUGCCAGGAUUGGGACAACUGUUGGAACAGUUUUGGCACAGGAUCCUGACAGCGCUAACAGCUUAGUAAGAUAUUUUAUUGAUCAUAACGCUGAAGAGGAAAGAUUUUUCAAUAUCGAUGCCAAUACUGGAACCAUUAAAACUACAAAGGUACUUGACAGAGAAGAAACACCAUGGUACAACAUCACAGUGACGGCUUCAGAAAAUGACAAUCCCAGUUUGCUGAGCCAUGUCACCGUGGGUAUUAGAGUUCUGGAUGUCAAUGACAAUCCCCCGGAACUUGCCAGGGAAUAUGACAUUGUUGUCUGUGAGAACUCUAAGCCUGGCCAGGUUAUCCACACCAUCACUGCAACAGAUAAGGAUGACUUUGCCAAUGGACCAAAGUUCAGCUUCUUUCUGGAUGAGCGGCUGUCUGUGAACCCCAACUUCACCCUUAAAGACAAUGAAGAUAACACAGCCAGCAUUCUGACAAGGCGGAGGAGAUUUAGUCGAACUAUGCAGGAUGUGUAUUAUCUGCCCAUUAUGAUCUCUGAUGGUGGAAUCCCCUCUCUCAGCAGCAGCAGCACCCUCACCAUCAGGGUUUGUGCAUGCGAGAGAGAUGGGCGCGUGCGGACCUGCCACGCGGAAGCCUUCCUGUCCUCGGCUGGUUUGAGCACAGGAGCCCUAAUCGCAAUUCUUCUCUGUGUUGUCAUUCUCCUUGCUAUUGUGGUCCUUUUCAUCACCUUGAGGCGCAGUAAAAAGGAACCCUUAAUCAUUUCAGAGGAGGAUGUGCGAGAGAAUGUGGUCACCUACGAUGACGAGGGAGGCGGAGAGGAAGACACGGAGGCCUUUGACAUCGCAGCCCUGAGGAACCCGUCUGCUGCAGAGGAGCUGAAGUACCGCAGGGACAUCCGACCCGAAGUGAAGCUCACUCCCAGACACCAGACAUUACCCGCCCUGGACAGUACAGAUGUCCAGGAGUUCAUCAAGCAAAGACUGGCCGAGGCCGACCUGGACCCCAGCGUACCCCCUUAUGACUCUCUUCAGACGUAUGCCUACGAGGGUCAGAGAUCAGAGGCCGGCUCCAUCAGCUCUCUGGACUCACUAACGACGCAGUCAGACCAGGAUUACCACUACCUUGGAGACUGGGGCCCUGAGUUUAAAAAGUUAGCUGAACUCUAUGGAGAAAUAGAAUCCGAAAGAACAACUUAGGGGGGGUGGUGGCCGAUCCUUGCAGCCUUGUAAAGUUUGCUUCCCGAGAGAAAUGGAGAUGCGACAUCCGCAAUGACAAAGAAGUCAUAAGGAAACAGUACUUGGAACUGAGCAAGCUGUACACAUCUCCUGUAUAAACAAGUGCCCUUUCUAUGAUCAAAACUGGGUUAUUUCAUUGGAGGAAAUAUA